CAGUGCACGUAGCGAAUGUGAAAACACGCGAUGUCUUCAGUUGGUAAGAGUGGGUAGAGAUGUAAAUCCUGGAAUAAGAAGAUUACUAAACGUUGUCUGAGAUAACCACCGUCAUUCGUCAACCUGGAGGUAAAUAGUAACCCUUGGUGCUGGACUCAAUGGAUAAUGUUUAGACGAGGACAUUCAAGAAGAUUCAAAGCAGGGACGUCCACAGGACAGUGUGAGGGUCCUGGUGUCAAUGUGUUUCUGUUCUGGACCAAAGAAGGAGAGCGCUGCCAGUCUUACCAGGAGGGAGAUGUGACAGCUGAGGAUCUCACCAUUAAUGCAGCCAAAGCUGUGGGGAUCAGUCCAGUCUGUCAUGCCUUGUUUGCGCUCUAUGACCCUGCAUCCUCAUGUUGGUACAGCCCAAAUCACAAAUUUGACACAGAAAAUCAGUCAGGCCUGUUGGUGCAUUUCCGUAUGAGAUUUUACUUUCGUAACUGGCAUGGCUUAGGUGAUAAGGAACCGACAAUGACACGCUAUGCAUUGCGGACUGGUACUGGGAGAGAACAGGUGACGUCUCCUUUGCUGGAGAUGACAUCGCUGGAGUACCUCUUUGCUCAGGCUAAACAUGAUUUUGUGAAUGACUUGGCAUGUUUGGAUGUGGUGAGGGGAGAGAAAGAGAUCGGUCGCUUUAAGAAUGAGUGUCUGGGUAUGGCUGUGCUUCACCUCUCUCAUACUGCCCUGCAGACUGGCUCUUCUCUACAGGAUGUGGCAAAGCAAACCAGCUUCCUCCGUUGCAUCCCUCGAUCUUUCUCCCGACACAUUGCCCGUGACAACUUCCUCACAAAGUUCCGUAUUCGCCGCGUGUUCGCAAACUUUGUGAAUAACUUCCAGCAGCACACAGUAGGAAUGGGGAAGCUAGGAUCGCAAGAGGUCAUGUACAAGUAUUUGUCCACCCUGGAGCACCUGGCACCCCUUUUUGGCAUUGAGGCUUUCCCUGUGUUCCAACUUGACAUGCGAUCUGAUGGAGGUGGCAGUGGGUCAUACCUCAUUGCCUCCCAAACACAAACUACCACUGAGGAAACAAGGAAUAGUGAACCUACUCAUGAGAUUAGGGUGUCUGGGUCAACAGGCAUACAUUGGAGGAAGUUACCAGUACAAAGGGAGAAUAACUACUCGGAGAAUGACUUCAUCCAUAACCAAAACAAAGAUACACAGGCUCUCGGCGAGCAGGAAAUAGACAGUUGGAACUCCUUCUGUGACUUCCCUGAGAUCUCUCAUAUUGCCAUCGCUGGAGUAAAUGUCUGCAUCAGUCGCCAAGACAACAUGUCCAUGGACAUGCGUUUGGGCUCCAGCCUAGAGGCUCGCUCUCUGGUUUCACUGCUUGAUGGAUAUUUCCGCCUUACAGCUGAUGCACAUCAUUAUCUGUGUCAUGAGGUGGCUCCGCCCAGAGUGGUUCUCAGUGAGGCCAAUGGCCUACAUGGUCCCAUACUGGAUGAGUUUGUUCUCCAGAAACUAAAGAAAGAGGCAGAGGAUGGCGCGUUUAUUGUGCGCUGGAGUGUUUUGGAUUACCAUCGUCUAAUCCUUGCAGCUUUGAGUAGGACACAGGAUGGAGAAAGUCCAAUUCACAAGCAGUUCAGAAUCACACAGAAGGGCUCUAUGUUUAAACUUGAGGGCUGGGAUCAAGAGUUCCCCAGCAUAAAGCAGCUCACCAACUGCUUAAAGUCCUUCGUUCUGAAGUCUGGCGAAGACAGUUUCACUGUAAAGAAGUGUUGUCUGCCCAGACCAGGAGAGCUCUCUAACCUACUCAUAAUGAGAAGGGGUGCCAACUGUAGUGUCAAACCUGUGUCUGAAUCCCUCAACCUGAGUCAACUGAGGUUUCAUCAGAUUAAAGACAAGGAGAUUGUAAAGGAGCAGCACCUGGGACGUGGCACCAGGACUAACAUUUACGUAGGCAGGCUGAAGUUUCACAGCACAACAGAGGAUGAUGAUGACAAGUCGAACAAUAAUCACAGCGACAAGAAUGGCAUCCGAGUUGUUCUCAAAAUUCUUGACCAGAGUCACAAGGAUAUAGCGCUAGCAUUCUUUGAGACAGCCAGUCUCAUGAGUCAGGUGUCACACUGUCAUCUGGUCUUUGUGCAUGGAGUUUCAGUGAAAGGAUCUGAGAAUAUCAUGGUGGAAGAGUAUGUGGAGUUUGGCCCAUUAGAUGUUUUUCUGCACAAAGAGAAGGCCCAUGUCACUCCUCAGUGGAAAUUUAUUGUUGCUAAACAGCUUGCCAGUGCUCUUUGUUAUCUGGAGACAAAGUGCUUGGUCCACGGAAAUGUCUGUGGCAAGAAUAUUCUUGUGGUGAGGAAGGGUUUGGAAGAGGGCACGUCUCCGUUUGUGAAGCUGAGUGACCCAUGCAUUGCUCUGACAGCUCUGUCUCGUGGAGAACGUGUGGAGCGCGUCCCAUGGAUUGCUCCUGAAUGUAUUGCCGAUGGAGCUCCUAUGGGAAGUGCUGCUGAUCAGUGGAGCUUUGGAGCCACUCUGCUGGAAAUCUGCAACAAUGGAGAUCUUCCCAUCAGUGGCAGCACACUGACUGAGAAAGAGCGAUUCUAUGAGACACAGAGUCGGCUGGCAGUGCCUUCAUCCCAAGAGCUGGGAAGCUUUAUCAGCAUGUGUCUGACAUACGACCCUGCAUUAAGACCAUCCUUCCGGACCAUUCUAAGAGAACUAACAGAGAUUCAGAUAAAAAAUCCAGACAUCUCCUCACAAUGUGAGUCCAUUCCAGACAGAGACCCCAGUAUCUUUUACAAACGGUACUUGAAGAAGAUCAGGGACCUGGGAGAGGGACAUUUUGGAAAGGUAAUGCUGUACGUGUAUGACCCUCACAAUGAUGGAACAGGAGAAUAUGUGGCAGUGAAGGCCUUAAAACAAGAGGGUGGCAGUAACCUCCAGGAUUCCUGGUUAAAGGAGAUUGAAAUACUCAAAUCACUUUACCACAGCAACAUCGUAAAGUACAAGGGCUGUUGUACUGAAUUAGGUGGACAGGUGGUUCAGUUAAUCAUGGAAUAUCUUCCGCUGGGAAGCCUCAGAGAGUAUCUGCCUAAACAUCGGCUGGGAAUCACACAAAGUCUACUGUUUGCUCAGCAGAUCUGUAUGGGAAUGGACUAUCUGCAUUCCAAACGGUAUGUUCACCGGGAUUUGGCAGCACGGAAUGUUUUGUUGGAAAAUGAAGGUGUGGUUAAAAUUGGUGACUUUGGCCUGACAAAGUACAUUCCUGAAGGGGAGAUCUACUAUCGUGUUAGGGAGGACGGAGACAGCCCUGUGUUCUGGUAUGCUAUAGAGUGCCUGAAGGAGAGCAAGUUUUCCUUUGCCUCUGAUGUUUGGUCCUUUGCUGUGACCCUCUAUGAGAUUUUGACACACUGCAACCAUCGCCAAAGUCCCCCUUCGAAAUUCUUUGAGAUGAUGGGAAUGGUCCAAGGUCAGAUGACUGUGGUUAAACUUAUUACUCUACUAGAGAAAAACAGAAGACUGCCCUGCCCUCGAGACUGUCCUCGUGAGGUUUAUUUACUGAUGGAGCAUUGCUGGGACUUUAACCCUGGGCAGCGUCCAUCCUUCAAAUCACUGGCUGAGUCUUUAGAGGACAUCCGGCGAACAUAUGAACAGCAACCCUCUGUGCAGCUCGCUCAGAUCAACAAUCGCUGACCUGCUUCCGUUCUCUGUGCUGUUCUUACAGCCUCUAACCACAACACAUCACUUUGAGUUUGAGUUUGACUGUCAAUGCCACAAGGGCGUGCUUUUUGCAAAGAGGAUGUUUUUAAAUGUUUGAGUUGAGAGGGAACCCACAUACCCCUUUUCCACCAAAAUGAUUCCGGUGCUCAUGAUGGAGGAUUUGUGCUGCUGUGCAAAGGCAAAACACAGUAACUACACACAUUUUUGUCAAAAUUGAGUAAUGACCCAAACUGGGUCUCUUAGACUUGUCCUGUGACAAACGGGAUUAGCUGAACUAUGCUCAGAUUUAAAGAAAAUGAUGGAUGAAAAUGUACUACAAACUACAAAAUUACUUACUACAAAAUUAUGAAAACUGUUUUAUUUUUGGUGUAGGUACUGUAUUUUCCCUUUGAAGAGCAUUGUGAAUCUUUCUCUGACAACUUUUCCACAUAGCCUUUGACGUUACUGGUUCCUGUUCAAAACCUGCAUUUUUUAGGGGCUGCUGCAGUGUUUUCCUAUUUUUCUGGCCCCAAAUCACCUUGUCUUCAUUGGCAAAGCAUGGAAUGAUUUCAGAUAGGGCUCCGGCACCAGCACCGGAACUCUGUCGGCAACUGUGACUUGCAGUGUGUAAUUUCUGUGUCACUAACGACACCAAACAGAAAGAACAAUCUUUUAGAUGUAAUCAACCUACAAAAUGGCUUACACAUAUAGCUGACUCUGCAUAGUAAGCUGGGAUACAAGAAAUGUAACAUCUAAAAAAGAAAUUUGCACAUCAGCUUUAAGUCAAAUGUCUUUAUAUUUAAAUCAUAAUAACAAAAGAAUGCCCAAUUCAUUCCUUAAUCAAUGUAACGUAUAGUGUAAUAUAAAUACUCUCAUGUUUGUUUAGAUGCUUUCAAGUUUACUUCCUCAUUCCCCAGACCUGCUGAUAUAUAUUGGGAGUAUAAGCAAAGUCUAUGACAGGCUGUUGCCAUGAAGGCCUUAAGAAUAUGAAUUUAGAUGUUUACAAUCAGAUUUGAAUGUCACUUAUUUUUUUUAUAUUUAUUUUCUUCUUUUUGUAAAAUGUGCAAUUCUUCUGUCAAGUUUUAUAGGCUUUUGUACUACUUGUGUGAAAUGCCUUGCCUUAAUGUCUCACUGAAUGUACCUGUAUACUGUAACUCUUUUAAUAAACAUAAACAUUGACAGUGUAUAC